GUAUUUUUAAGAGAACAUGAAUAAUAUCUUAACCCUCACAUAACUUUCUCCUAAGAGAAUCAUCCUUGUUUCCCAGCAUGGUAUUAGAACCAUGUUACAUACAUUUAUAGUACAUCCCUAUUUCCUGCCUGUAUAACAAUGUAUUGGUAACGUUUAAUUUUUAUUGUUGCUAAGUAAAUGACUUACACAUAAAAUAUGGAACCGAGCGUUCUUCUCACAAUUCUGAUGAUUUUCAAAAUCGCAAGUGGAAGCUCAGAAGUCACCGGUGGGAGCCCAGCUAUAGAAGGUGCAGAAACCAAUGCAGGAUUACAUGCCUUCACUGUGGAUUACAGUUUGGUCCAAAUCCCCUAUGAAAUCACACUAUGGAUUAUUCUUGCUUCCUAUGCUAAAAUCGGAUUUCAUCUCUACCACAAAUUGCCAGCAAUAAUGCCGGAAAGCUGCAUCCUGAUUGCCAUUGGUGUCUUACUUGGUGCAAUUAUUUUUGGAACAGAUCACAAAUCUCCACCUGCUAUGAAGACUAAUAUUUAUUUCCUUUAUCUCUUGCCUCCAAUUGUGCUUGAAGGAGGAUAUUUUUUACCUACUCGACCUUUUUUUGACAACAUUGGAACCAUUAUUACGUGGUCGGUGAUGGGGACCCUAAUGAAUGCUUUUGGCAUUGGCCUUUCCCUGUAUGGUAUUUGCCAGAUUAAAGCCUUUGAAUUAAGUAACGUAUCUCUGCUACAAAACCUGUUAUAUGGAAGUCUUAUUUCAGCAGUGGAUCCAGUGGCUAUCCUUGCUGUGUUUGAGGAGGUUUCUGUCAAUGAACAGCUAAAUAUGAUUAUUUUUGGAGAGUCACUGUUGAAUGAUGGCAUAACUGUGGUUCUUUACAACAUUUUUAUUUCUUUUAACCAAAUGCAAACCUAUGAACAAAUUGAACCUGUGGACAUUCUUGCUGGUAUAGGGCGUUUUUUUGUGGUUGGCAUUGGAGGAGUGUUUUUUGGGAUCAUCUUUGGAUUCCUAGCUGCCUUCAUCACUCGUUUUACCAGGAACAUCACUUCUAUUGAGCCUCUUUUAGUUUUUAUGUUUAGCUACCUGUCCUACCUAUCUGCAGAAACAUUCUACCUCUCUGGAAUCCUGGCUAUUACAGCCUGUGCAAUGACCAUGAAAAAAUAUAUUGAAGAAAACAUCUCAAAGAAUUCAAGCAUAACCAUAAAAUACUUUAUGAAGAUGAUGAGCAGCAUGAGCGAGACUCUGAUAUUUAUUUUCAUGGGCGUCUCUACAAUAGGAAAAAACCAUGAAUGGAACUGGGCUUUUAUCUGCUUCACACUGCUCUUCUGUCUCAUUUGGCGAGCACUAAGUGUCUUCCUUUUGUUCUACAUCAUAAACCGUUUCCGAACACAUCCAUUCACUUUUAAAGACCAGUUCAUCAUUGCCUACAGUGGUUUACGUGGCGCCAGUAGCUUUUCACUUGUGUUUUUGUUGCCUGUUCUAUUAUUUCCAAGAAAGAAAAUGUUUAUUACAUCUACAAUUGUAGUUAUAUACUUCACAGUAUUUAUCAUGGGAAUAACUAUUGGACCAUUAGUUAGAUUUCUAAAUGUGAAAAGAACAUCCAGAGAAGAAACAAUUAACCAGGAGAUUCAUACACGGUUAAUGGAUCACCUGAAAGCUGGAAUUGCAGAUAUAUGUGGCCACUGGGGACAUUAUCAAAUGAGGGAGAAGUUUAAAAAAGUUGAUCAGAAGUUUCUACGAAAAGCUCUUAUUCGUGAAAAUCAGCCUAAAUCAAGGAUCGUCGAUCUCCACAAAAAGCUUGAAAUUAAGCAAGCUAUUGAAAUGACAAAGUUUGAAAUGAACAGAGAUAUUUCACAAACAUCAUUACAAGCUUAUAGAAAAAGAAAACUUGCAAGCACACUUUCUUCAGAAGAUGUUGUACAGAUGAAAGACAUAUUAAGAAAUAGUCUAUACAGUGUGCGUCAAAGGACAUCUUCAUAUGUAAAGUACAAUUUGCCAAGAGAAGACACUGAAAAGCAAAACAGGGAAAUACUGAUUCGUCAUUUUUCAAACAUUAAGAAAGGAAGCAGUCUUCCAUGGGAGAGACGGACAGACGCACAAAAUGUCCGAUAUUUAUCACUGCCUCAUGACUGUUAUAGGUCAGGAGAAUACUUUGAUCAAGAAUCCCUUCAAGGUCAUUACUCUAAUGAUGAUGAUUCUUUAUUUGAAGAAAAAAGUGAGAUCUUACUUAGCCCUCAGGCUGGUUUAGCGAAACCACCAUCGCAUCAAAUUAAAAAGCAGGAAAUCAAAGACACAAGAAGCAGAACCAGAGGAUUGCAGUGGCCACUAAAGCCCAAGAAACAAGUGACAGUAAGAUCAAUGUAUCAACCUGCAAAAUCAUACUUUGACAUAGUAGUAGAAGAAGAAGAAGAUUCAAAUGUAGACAGCAACAAUGAGGUACAAUAA